AUGGCAAUCGCCCGGUAUUCCUCCAAGCGCACACAUGACGAAGCUGUGUUCAGCCGCCUACAUGCCCUGACGCCAUGUAAACAAGGCUCAGAAAUUGCGCGCUGGGUCGUGGCGGUCGCCGACUCCGAGGCCGGCCAUGACGACGUGCUCCCCACUGCUAAGCGCCAGCGGGUGCUGCGCAGUCUCCACACCACCUCGCAUCGAGUGAAGACCGCGAAACGUAACAUGGCUGCAGCCUCGCCGACGCGCCGAUUGAAGAGAGACAGAUCACCCGCGAAGAAGAAUGUGGUGGUAGCGACACGGCGAAAAGGGCGACAGGGAGGACUAGAAGAAGCCGACGCAGACGUUCAACAAAGCGCGGUCAAUGCGUUCUCCGAGGGUACACCCUCGCUCCCCGCGCCUGCAUCGUCGUUACGCUCGCUAUCGCCCCCCAAGAGGAAGACAGCCUCUACAAAGGCGGACCUGGCGUACCUCAACCCAAACAUUGAGUUUUUUCCCUUGAGGCAUACCGGGGAGACUGGCAUAUUGCUGCCCGUGUCUGUCACCGAGCUCUGGAGCCGUUGCGAGAAAAGACAGCUCGACCCGCUAACAACAGACCCUCCCGUUCCUCUCACCGACAAAGACCACAGAAUCAUCAAUGACACUUUGUCUGACGCAUUCGAGCAAGCGGAGAAAUGGCGCGACACAACUACUGAACCACACUGGAUAUCUGUCGUGGUCGGUCCCAUACUGCAUCUCCUGCGCCGAAUUGAGUGCUUCAAGAAUUCUGCUGUCCCUAAUGCGAGGAUUGCUGUCCUCGACGUAACACCUAUCGAGAUCUCCCCAGCUGAGCUCGUCCCCUUCUCUAAAGACCCCGUACUCUACCGCGACCUCGACAAGCGCAUCGACUACGUCGUCGGCCUCGAUCUCCACCGAACCACGCUUAAAACGCUCCGCCGCACUAAGUAUUGCACGGCCGCCCCGUCCAUCAAUCAGACCGCCUCGUUCGCCAACGAGACUCCCAUCUUCCUCAACAUCGAGGUCAAGCGCCGACACGUUGCCCGGGACCCAACAGUCCAGCUCGCGGCGUGGAUUGCCGCCGAGUUUACAAAGCGAAGGUACGAGGAAUGGGAUCUUGGGUUUCCGGUGUUUACUGUAGAGAUUGAUGGCGAUAAUUGGCUACUGCGUGUCGCUGCUGCACGCGUUGUCCUGCGCGCCGGCGCUGCAGCUGAGUCUCCUGGAAACGGGGAAGGGAAUGCACCUGAAACAGAAGCUGAAGAAGGACCGACCACGCUGCCAGAAGAUGAAUACGAGCUCUUCUUCUUUGGACCACUGGCUCUGGGCGAUACGUUGACUCUCGAGGGCUCGAAGAGGUUGCUUGCCAACCUGAUUGAUAUCACAAAGUGGGGGCAGUCUGAAUUUCGGACGUGGUGGGGGGCGAAUGUGCACAAGGUUUUGGAGAAGAGGCUGCGGCGUUGA